CCGGAAUCCCCUUCUACCCGUUCAGGCAGCAACUGAUGGAGGUGGGAAAGAAAGUACACGCGGCCAAUAUGGACGUGUAUGAAGUUGCCGUGCUGGCAGCUUUGUUGUUUAUGGCCUCAGACUUCUCUGACCUGGCAUACCCAGAGGCCAUUGAGGAAGGUCACAGAAAGCUUAUCGCAGCCCUGAAGUCAUACGAGCUUACCAAGGUCUUGAACGUAAAGUCGCGGCUGUCAGAGUUAUUUGCCCUUGUCCCGGAGAUCCGCCAUCUUGGAAUGUGGCACCAAGAGCUCAUGAAGCAGACGAGAAUCAACGUCCAGAUACAGGAAGUCAAUCAGAUCUUUGACACCGUACACUUCCGAGAAAGCUAGGAAAUAUCGUCUAUAUGUUUUGGGCAAAAUUCGAUUUUCAUUGGUGGAGAUUUAGAAAAAAGAAAUCAUCUGGUUGGACUAUUAAAUAUCAAUACCAGUAUUGUUUAAUUUGGGGCAAGAUAAAAAUGUAAUCAUUCUGAUUAAAAAAAUAAUUGUGAUUGUUAUUGGUUCAGAGUGAUAUAUAAGGAGAAAUCAUGUAGUUUGACAAUGUUAUAUCUUUGCCAACACCAUGCAUUUCAAGGAAAGUUAAAAUGUAACACCUCUGAUUGGACAUUAUUUAAUUUAUUUUCUUUAGUAGAGAGUAACACACAUAAAACAGCAGAUUGUAGAAAGUUCUAUCAUAGUUCUCAAUUCUGGUAAAGUCAAGAAAAUUAAUCAAUAACUUUUUAUUAAAGGUGUGUUUUCAUUCUAAUUUUGGAAUCUGGCGCUUGGUUGAUACAAUUUAGAUUGAAAACGGCAUGAAAUAUUGAGGGGAAUAUACUUACAACUUAAAAAUAUUUUUUCAUAAGGGACAUUUUAAAUGAUAACAUCAGGCCAAUAAGUAAAUAUAAGAAUAGUUAAAAGAACAAACAAUAAAUUAUCUUAAAAUAUGUAAAUCAAAAAAACAUUUUACAUAUUUCCAAAUUUGUAUAUGAAGGGACAGAAUUUAGAUUGAAAAGGGCAUGAAAUAUUGAGGGGUUUUUACUUACAACUUAAAAAUAUUUUUUCAUAAGGGACAUUUUAAAUGAUAACAUCAGGCCAAUAAGUAAAUAUAUUUAAUAAGAAUAGUUAAAAGAACAAACAAUAAAUUAUAAAUUAUCUUAAAAUAUGUAAAUCAAAAAAACAUUUUACAUAUUUCCAAAU